CAGGGUUGGAGGAAGCUCAUUUCAUUUCCUGUCUCAGUAACUUUCCUUCCUCAUUGCAGCUAUAGCCUCGAUUAAGAGGACCACAAAGUCAUCCAGUCACCAGCGUGGAGGUGCCAGAAGCCCUAGUCCCCAUAGUGGGCCUUGGUGAUGGAGGAUUGUGAAAUCACAUGGUGAGGCUGUGACGGCUCAGCAGGAGCCUGUGAUAAGAUGCCUAACAGUUAGGAGAGCUGCUUUGAGGUCUGGAGUGUGGAAGCCCACAGGAAGUGACUCUGUGCUGAGCUGAUACGUCCUCCUCUCAUCCCCAGACUGGGACAGGAGCUGCAGGCUGGCGUGGCUGGGAGGAUGUCCGCACUCUGCCCUGAUGCUGGGCCAGGAGGGCUGCAGGGCCAGUCCCUGGGGGCAGGCAGGGACUCGGCGGCCCUGGUCUCAUGUCAGUGUCCCCCUUCCUCCGUGCACAGCCCCUGGAGCCUGCCUCGCUGGCGAGCUUAUAUGGCUGCUGCCAUUCUCUGCUACAUCAACCUCCUGAACUACAUGAACUGGUUCAUCAUUGCAGGAGUGCUGCUGGACAUACAGAAGUUUUUUCACAUCAGUGACAGCAAUGCUGGCUUGCUUCAGACAGUCUUCAUUGGGUGCCUGCUGUUGUCUGCACCAGUGUUUGGCUACGUGGGUGACCGCUACAGCCGCAAGGCCACGCUGAGCUUCGGCAUUUUGCUGUGGUCGGGGGCUGGCCUGUCUGGCUCCUUCAUCUCCCCUCAGUAUUCCUGGCUCUUCCUCCUGUCCCGGGGAGUUGUGGGUACUGGCACAGCCAGCUACUCGACCAUUGCACCCACGGUCCUGGCUGACCUCUUUGUGAAGGACCAGCGGACCCGCGUGCUGGCCAUCUUCUACAUCUUCAUUCCUGUUGGAAGUGGUCUGGGCUAUGUGCUGGGGUCAGCUGUGACGAAGCUGACGGGGAACUGGCGCUGGGCCCUCCGAAUCAUGCCCUGCCUGGAGGCUGUGGCCUUGAUCCUGCUCGUCCUGCUGGUUCCAGACCCACCCCGAGGAGCUGCUGAGAGGCAGGGGGAGGUGGCCAUGCAGGCCCUGAGGAGCAGCUGGUGGGAGGACAUCAGAUACCUGGGGAGAAACUGGAGUUUUGUGUGGUCGACCCUUGGAGUGACAGCUAUGGCUUUUGUGACUGGAGCACUGGGCUUCUGGGCCCCCAAGUUUUUAUUUGAGGCCCGUGUAGUACAUGGGAUGCAGCUGCCUUGCUUCCAAGAGCCGUGCAGCAGCUGGGACAGCCUGAUUUUUGGGUCCCUGACAGUUGUGACCGGAAUCGUCGGUGUCAUCCUGGGGGCAGAGGCUGCCAGGAGGUAUAAGAAAGUCAACCCCCGGGCUGAGCCCCUCAUCUGUGCCUCCAGCCUGCUGGCCGCAGCACCCUGCCUCUACCUGGCUCUCAUCCUGGCCCCGUCCACCCUUGUGGCCUCUUAUGUGUUUCUGGCUCUGGGGGAGCUGCUUCUGUCCUGCAACUGGGCGGUGGUGGCUGACAUCCUUCUGUCUGUGGUGACACCCAGAUGCCGGGGAACAGCGGAGGCGCUUCAGAUCACAGUAGGCCACAUCCUGGGAGACGCUGGGAGCCCUUAUCUUACUGGACUUGUCUCCAGUGCCCUGCGGGCCAAGCGCCCUGACUCCUACCUACAGCGCUUCCUUAGCCUGCAGCAGAGCUUCCUGUGCUGUGCUUUCACCAUUGUCCUUGGUGGUGGCUGUUUCUUGCUGACUGCACUGCACCUGGAGAGAGACCAGGCUCAGGCCCGACAGCCUGGCACAGGGACCCUGGAUAGCAAAGAUGAGGACAGCAAGAACAGGGAGACCCAAGACCUGCUUCCUGGUACCAGCGCCUCCACAGAGGUCCCCUGAGGCCCCUUCCCUGGAUCAAGAAGGCCCCCGUGCUGCCCAUGUGCCUCCUGCCGGUGUCUCAAACCACCUUUCGCUGUGAUUCAGGGACCCCAGCUGAUCUGCACCUGCUACUUGUUCACUCCCAGCUAGAGAGCUGGCAGGGCUCAAGGGCUGGGCUGGACUGAGAAUUGAGCUGUCAGCACCCUCCAAGGGAGGCCUGGGCCUAUGGCUGUGCCUGUGCCCAGCUCAAGGCCCUCUAGCCUAGGUACUUACCCUGUCUGCUGGUGGACCCCGAUUAAAGCAUGGUCAGUACAAAGCC